AUGAUCUCAUCUGAACCCAGCUCCAAGGACCUCAGCAGCGGCAGGAACCGGAGGCAGCUUGCUUUCUGCCCUGGCCAUGUUUUGAAACAGGCAAAAUCAGAUUUUAUCAUGUGGGCAACAUGCUGCAACUGGUUCUGCCUGGAUGGACAGCCUGAGGAGGCCCCACCACCCCAGGGAGCCAGGACGCAGGCCUAUUCCAACCCUGGGUACAGCUCCUUCCCUUCCCCCACGGGCUCGGAACCAAACUGCAAGGCCUGCGGGGCCCACUUCGCAAGCAUGGCCAGGAAGCAGACCUGCUUGGACUGUAAGAAGAAUUUCUGUGUGGCCUGUUCGAGCCAAGUGGGGAGUGGGCCCCGCCUCUGUCUUCUCUGCCAGCGUUUCCGAGCCACAGCCUUUCAGCGGGAGGAGCUCAUGAAGAUGAAGGUGAAGGACCUGAGGGACUAUCUCAGCCUCCAUGACAUCUCUACCGACAUGUGCCGGGAGAAAGAGGAGCUGGUGUUCUUGGUGCUUGGCCAGCAGCCUGUAAUCUCCCAGGAGGGCAGGACUCACGCCCCCAGCCUGUCCCCGGACUCCCCCGAGCAACAGGCCUUCCUGACCCAGCCUCACACCAGCACGGUACCUCCUACCUUUCCCGGCCUACCUCCUUCACCCCCAGCCCAGGCUCGGGACCGGCAGCAGGCCAAUGGCCAUGUGUCUCAGGACCAAGAGGAACCGGUCUACCUGGAGAGCACAGCCAGAGCACCUGCUGAGGAUGAGACGCAGUCUGUUGACUCAGAGGACAGCUUCGUCCCGGGCCGGAGGGCCUCUCUGUCUGACCUGACUGACCUGGAGGACAUUGAAGGUCUAACCGUGCGGCAGCUCAAAGAGAUCCUGGCUCGCAACUUCGUCAACUACAAGGGCUGCUGUGAGAAAUGGGAGCUGAUGGAGAGGGUGACGCGGCUGUACAAGGAUCAGAAGGGGCUACAGCACCUGGUGUGUGGUGCUGAAGACCAAAACGGGGGAGCAGUGCCAUCCAGCCUGGAGGAGAACCUGUGUCGGAUCUGCAUGGACUCGCCCAUCGACUGUGUUCUGCUGGAGUGCGGCCACAUGGUCACCUGUACCAAGUGUGGCAAGCGCAUGAACGAGUGUCCCAUCUGCCGGCAGUACGUGAUCCGAGCCGUGCACGUAUUCCGGUCCUGA